CAGUUGGCAGAGAGGAAAGCGGACAGUUGGAGUCUGUUUACUGUGGCUGUUGGAGAGCUGAGAGCUGGACAUGAAGAAGCAGGACAGCGAGAUUCAGGAGCCAGAGAUGAGCGCCGAGUCGCCGAGCGGGGACGGCUCUGCCGGGCAGCUUCAGGAGGUCCCGGGGAGCCCGGAGGGGACCGACUUGCAGCGGGACACCGAGGUGAAAACCGGAGCAGAUGAAGCGACAGCGCUACCAGGCUCGGCUGACGUGGCAGAGGAGCUGAGCAGACAGCUGGAGGACAUCCUGAGCACCUAUUGCCUUGGGGACAGCGAUGGCGGCAGGGGGGAGGACAGGCCCGUGAUGGAUGGCACUGAGCUUAACGGCCUCGCGGAGAAAGAUGACGGCAAGUCGGAGGAGCCCAAGCUGAACGGCAGCAUGACGGACAAGGAGCAGAAGAAAGCACAGGAGAAGAAGAAGGUCAAGGGUUUGGGGAAGGAGAUCACGCUCCUGAUGCAAACCCUGAACACCCUGAGCACGCCAGAGGAGAAGCUCGCUGGGCUCUGCAAGAAGUACGCAGAACUGCUGGAGGAGCACCGCAACGCCCAGAAGCAGAUGCGGGUCCUGCAGCGCAAGCAAACGCAGCUGAUCCAGGAGAAAGACCAGCUGCGGAGUGAGCACAGCAAGGCCAUCCUGGCCCGCAGCAAGCUGGAGAGUCUGUGCCGGGAGCUGCAGAGGCACAACCGCACACUCAAGGAGGAUGGGGUGCAGCGUGCCCGCGUGGAGGAGGAGAAGCGCAAGGAGGUCACCUCCCAUUUCCAGGUGACGCUCAACGACAUCCAGGCGCAGAUGGAGCAGCACAACGAGCGCAACGCAGCGCUGCGGCAGGAGAACAUGGAGCUGGCCGAGAAGCUGAAGAAGCUUAUCGAGCAGUACGAGCUGCGGGAGGAGCACAUUGACAAGGUGUUCAAGCACAAGGACCUACAGCAGCAGCUGGUGGACGCGAAGCUGCGACAGGCCCAGGAGCUACUCAAGGAGUCGGAGGAUCGCCACCAGAGAGAGAAGGACUUUCUGCUGAAGGAAGCUGUCGAGUCGCAGAGGAUGUGCGAGUUGAUGAAGCAACAGGAGGUCCACCUGAAACAGCAGCUCUCUCUAUACACAGAGAAGUUUGAAGAAUUCCAGAACACACUUUCCAAAAGCAACGAGGUGUUUACCACAUUUAAACAGGAGAUGGAGAAGAUGACCAAGAAGAUCAAGAGGCUUGAGAAGGAAACCACCAUGUACCGUUCCAGAUGGGAGAGCAGCAACAAGGCGCUCCUGGAGAUGGCGGAGGAGAAGACAGUGCGGGACAAAGAGCUGGAGGGCCUGCAGGGGAAGGUGCAGCGGCUGGAGAAGCUGUGCCGGGCGCUUCAGACGGAGCGCAACGAGCUCAGCAAGAGAGUCCAGGGCGUGGCAGGUCCAGGUCAGGGGCCCGGCGGGGCCAUGCAAGCGCCACAGCCCACGGACUCCAUUCCAGCAGCCUCUCCCGGCAGUCCAGCCCUUGAGGCUCCGCCCUCUUCCCCCACCUGUCACUGCAGUGCCGAAUCGGAGCUGGAGGUGGCGCCAGAGGGCAGCGUUGUCACGGCCCAGGAGUGAGCAGGGCCCUCCUGUGGGCACGUGUCUCUGUCCCCUUAGGGCAACAACCCCACAUCGCUUCCCUCCCCCCAUCCCCCUAUUCCAUUCCGUAACACAUCCCAGCAUUCCCUGCACGGCAACAAGCUGCUGUUGGUCGGUGCAAGGCAUCUGCACCGAUUAUGGAAACACGACCAUAGUGUGUGUGGGGUUCCUCUGUUCUCCCUUUAAACGAGCAGCUGACUGCAUGUGUAUGAAGGUGUAUGUGUGCGCGCUGUGGGGGCUGCCAUCCCUCUGCAUGCCACACAAGUGGGAAGCGCAGGAAGGUUCCCCCCCCAGCACUGCGCUCCAUCUGCUGCCUUAACGGGUGUGUGCGGCGCUGCAGGUCGCACGCUGACCUGCUCGCUUCUUCUUCAGGAAACGCUUGUUUGAACGCUGUCGUCAAUCUGAUCGAUCAUUUUCUCAGUCUGGAUAGCAAAAACGGAGCAGACGAUCUGUCAGCUUCGGGAAGGAGGGCAGGUGCACUUCUCUCGUUUCAUUUCCUACUCUCGCAUAUCACUUUGUGUUGUAAAAGCCACCUAACUUUAGGUUGUUUAUAUUUUAUAUGACACAUGUAUUGUAACGUUUCUACCUAUGAAGUACAAAUCAUUUAGAUUUUUUUAAUUAUGGAACUUAAGGAUAUUUUAAUUUUCUUUGCUUUUUCUUU